UUGAGCUAAAAAUUCUAAUGUUCCAAUGUUUAUUCACUUAUUUCAAGUAGAAGUAAAUAUUUGCAUGUAGUUUAUUAAAUAAUAAAUUAUCAACUCAAAAAUGUUCUUAUAAUAGUUUCAUUAAACGAUAUAAUCGACACAAAUUUUAGUCAUCUGCACUUUCAAAACUGGAAUUGUGUAUACCGCAUCGACAAUGCACAUACAUAAAAUAUUUUACGUACAAGCUUUUGCUUUUAGUAUUUUCAUAAGUGUACAUUAUGUUUCUGCUUUCUCAACCUCAGAUCAAAUAAUUAAUAAUGGAUAUCCAGUAGAGACGUAUGAAGUUGAAACUAAAGACCACUAUAUGGUGGGCAUGGAACGAAUACCGUAUAGUAAAAAUGGGAAUAAAACAAUUGGCAAACCUAUCAUUCUAUUACACGGCUUGUAUGGGACGUCAAUGUAUUAUACACUUAACAAUAUAUCUCUCAGUUUCAUACUAUCUGAUGCUGGUUUUGACGUUUGGCUUCUCAAUUUUCGCCUUGCUGGCAUUUCUAAAUAUAUCAAAAACCCAAGAACCGGCCUGGUAACUCCAUUGAGAAAUAUGUCAUGGGAUUUCAGCUUUGACGAAUUGGGAAUAUAUGAUACAACAGCUGCCAUUGAUUUUAUCAUAAAUAAAACUGGAUAUUCUACAAUACACAUGGGCGGUUAUUCUUUCGGAGCUACCAUAUGCCUGAUUGCACUAGCAGAAAGACCAGAAUACAACAAAAAAAUUGACAAAUUAGUUUUGAUAGUGCCCACGGCCAGAAUGAAGUACUACGACCGAAGGCUUAUCAUUUUCAAGAUAUUUCCCUAUUUAUUCCAUCGACCAUUGAGAGGUAGAGGAUACAUACCUAAGAUGAAACAUCCAGACGAUCAAUGGCUAGGACGCCAAUGUAAAGAUAAUAAAUACAUGAAAUAUUUAUGUCUGUAUGUGAUGACCCAAGUACAAGGCAAUCUUCUACCAAUAAAUUACAAUACUAUUGAAAUCCUGAGAACAUAUCCUCAGCCAACAUCCGUUAAAGUUAUGACUCACUAUUACCAACUAAUACUUCAGGAUUACUUCCGAAAGUAUGAUUAUGGAACAAUUGGAAAUAUGAAGCAUUAUAAUUCUACUACUCCGCCUGAUUAUGAUUUAUCUAAAGUGACAGCGGCGACAUAUGUGUAUCAAUCAAAACAUGAUAUAAUUGCUCCUCCUAAG